CGAACACCUGAAGAAAAUAACGGGAAAAUGAAUUGACUAUUAUAGAAGCAAUGAAAUUUUUGCCAUGGAUGUCUGAAGAUUAUCUAGAAGAUGAACUAACACGAGGAAACAACAAUAACAAUUUAAUCGAGUUCAGGAAUCUCAGUUAAACCAAGAUGGCAGCAAGGUCAGAGGAAGUGCUGCUUAUUGUGAACAAUGUACGGAACAAGAAGACAGAUGGGACAUUAUACAUGAUGGGGGAGAGAAUGGGAUGGAUGCAGGGCAGCAAAAGCACCUUCUCAAUCAGCUAUAUGUAUGCUGAUAUUAAAGCCCAAAAAAUUUCUCCAGACUCUAAAGAGAAGGUACAGUUACAGUUGGUUUUACAUGAUGGAGGGGCCAACACGUUCCAUUUCAUCAACCCCAAGGGUCGGCCAGCAGCUAUUGCUGAUCGGGACAGCGUAAAGGACCUCCUACAACAGCUGAUACCAAAAUUCAGGCGGAAACUCAGCAGUGAAUUGGAGGAGAAAAACAGGAUGCUGCAGGAUAACCCUGAGUUAUUCCAGUUGUACAAAGACCUGGUAGUCACUGGAGUCAUCACAGCAGAUGAAUUUUGGGCCUCACGGAAGAAUCAGAGCAGCACAAAGCCAGACAAGUCACAGAGUGUUGGAGUAUCAGCUGCUUUCUUGGCUGACAUUAAACCUCAGACAGAUGGUUGCAAUGGAUUAAAAUACAACCUCACUGCAGACAUCAUUGAGUCUAUUUUCCGAACAUAUCCCAUGGUGAAGAAGAAGCAUGCGGAGCAUGUUCCACAUGACAUGACAGAGAGUGAGUUCUGGACGAGAUUUUUCCAGUCCCAUUACUUCCACAGAGAUCGGACUGUGAUGGGAACAAAAGAUGUAUUCUCAGAUUGUGCCAAAAGUGAUGAAAAAGACAUGAAAGAAGAGAUUUCUGUGAAAAUGGUUGACCCAUUUCUGGAUCUCACUAAAAUAUCGGACUCUUCUGUUCAUGAGGACUAUCGAGGACAGACAGAAGACACUAGGAUAAGUAGUAAUGUGACGAAUGGAACAAUGAUUCGGAGGUUUAAUCAUCACUCAACAAUGGUGCUAAAGGCUUGUGCAAAAGGAUCACAAAGUGCUGAGAACUCAAGUCAGAAAGACAAUGCUUCACAGCGGAGUAAUACUCAAAAUGGCAGUGAUGCUCCAAAGGUGAAUGGAGUGGCCAGAGAAGAAUCUGGGCCAGGUACCAGUAAAGCCUACUGGGAACCAGCUGUGAAAAAACAAAGACUUCAGGAAAAAAUUCAUAUGGAUGAUCUAAAGGACACAAGUAGUAAAAAGAAUGUGAAUCUUCAAUUACAUAAGAUGGAGGGAUAUUUACAUGGGCCAACACCAGUCACUGUGUCUCGAUAUACAACAAGUGAGGAUCUCGUUCAUGCAUCAGAGUCAGUGAUGCGUGACGUCCAUCACUGGUCGUCUGAUCUCUCAAAUGUACUUCAGGGGUCCCGGGCCAUUGUGAUACUCAGUGAAUUAUCACCAGGAGGGGCAUUAAUGAAAGGAACAAGUCAUCAACAGCUGAAUCAGAUAGUCCCACAAGACGUACAGGAGGAGGUAAGGGCCAACUACAGUGCCCUGCUGGAGCUACUCCGACAUUUCUGGACCUGUUUCCCUGUGUCAUCCAAAUCACUGGAGGAAAAGGUUAUAAGAAUGAAGUCAACGCUUGAUAGGUUUCAAAUGGCAAAGCUUAUUCCACUGAAGGAAAAACUUCAGGAGUAUCACUAUACAUUAAACCUGACUGGUCAUAUGGAGGAACUACUAGCUACAGCAAACAGGAAGUAUGAUAUGUGGCAGACCAGGAAGUCCACUAGCAAGAGGUGAAAGGUCAGCAGACUGUGAUGGUUUCUGGAAGCAUAAUCCCCCGUGAGGACAAUCAAGGCUCUUGUCUGUGAUUUCCCAUUUCAUGAAAGGAGAUUCUUCAUAAAUCAUAUUUUCAUCUGUCCCAGGUUUUUGUUAUUUAAAAUGUGCACAUCUAUCAUGCAAUAAAUUGAAAUUUACAGAUGG